AUAUAUCUUACUUGCUUCAUGAGCUUACACCAACUGAGAUGAAAGAAACCAAUUGAGGUCAAAAAUUUCUGUAUGACUAUUAAUUCAUCAGCCCAACUUUUGUUUUUUAUUUUUUAAUAUUCGAAAAUUAUCCAAAGAUUAUGGACCCACUAAGUAAAAUGGGAGAAAAUGAAUGGGUGAUGAAUGUGAAUGAAGAACUUGAGAACAUGGGGGAUUCAUCGACGGAAAUGGAGCAAUGGAAGAAACGUUCAAUCUACCGUGUUCCCUCUUCUGUGACCGACCUAAACAAAAGAGCAUACAAGCCACAAUCUGUAUCAUUCGGGCCAUACCAUUAUGGAGACCCAAAUUUAAAAUCCAUGGAAGAGAACAAACAGCGUGCUCUCCUUCACUUUUUGAAAAGAUACAAGAAGCCUUUUGAAUGUUAUGUUGAAGCUGUAAUGGGCAUCGUAGAAGAUCUCAAGCAUGCAUAUGGUUCACUUGAUCAUAAAUGGCAUCAAGAUACACUCGGGUUUGUAAAGAUGAUGAUCUUGGAUGGAUGUUUCAUGUUAGAAAUCUUGCGUGCUUCCACUACCGAAGAUGGUGAUAUGGGUAAUGCAGAAGAUGUUGAUGAUUAUGCUUCCAAUGAUCCGGUUUUCAGCAAACAUGGAAAGCUUUAUAUCAUGCCUUACCUCAAACGUGAUAUGCUCAUGCUCGAAAACCAGUUACCCAUGUUGCUUCUUUACACGCUUGUUGCUGUUACAAAACACGAAAACGACCCACACCAGCAUGAUGAAGAGCUUGUAAACAAAAUGGUGCAAAAAUUCUGCUCACCCUACACUCGGGUCGCAAAAAAGGGGAGAUGCCUGCAUCCAUUGGAUAUCUAUCGAAAGAGCCUACUAUGGGAGAAUCCACACCACAAGAAGAAAACGCUUACAAAGUCCUACCAUCGGUUAGUCAUAGAAGAAGGUGAUGAGAUUGUUAGAUCAGCUACAGAGCUAUAUGAAGCAGGAAUUCGAUUCAGGAAAAGCAGAACAAGAAGCUUAAAAGGCAUAUCUUUUGAAGGUGGGGUCCUCAAGCUUCCGCCGGUAAUGGUGGAUGAUGCAACUGAGUCACUGUACUUGAACCUGAUAGCUUUUGAAAGACUUCAUGUCGGGGCUGGAAAUGAGGUGACUUCUUACAUAUUUUUCAUGGAUAAUAUCAUUGAUAAUGCGAGGGACGUUAGUCUUUUGCAUUCACAAGGUAUAAUCCAGAAUGCAAUUGGCAGUGAUAAGGCAGUGGCUAAGCUGUUUAACUCAUUAUCAAAGGAUAUCACUUUGGAUCCAGAUAGUGAACUAGACGUCGUUCAUAAGCAGGUUCAUAGUUACUGCAGGAAGCCAUGGAAUGAGUGGCGUGCAAAUCUCAUACACACGUAUUUCAGGAGCCCAUGGGCGAUUCUGUCAGUUCUUGCUGCAAUUUUGCUUUUUGCACUCACUAUUGUUCAAACAGUCUACACUGUUUUCCCUCCUCAAUGAUUCCAGCCUCCUGCUCUGUAUAUAUUCAUAUGCCUAUCUAUAUUCUGGUUUCAAAUCUCUUUAUCCCUUAUGUAUGAAAGCAACCAAUCGAUAGUUCGGAAUAAUUUUUUUC